ACCUCAUUGAUGCACUGUCUGAUUCUAUAAUGUUAUCAAGUCUUUCGUUCACUAACUCAUAAAACUACCACGAUGAUGUCUCUGUAUCUUGGCUUCAUAGAUACUGGCGGUAUUGAAGUACUACGAUCCAUGCUAUACACUUCUGAAGCCUUUUUCUUUGCAAAUUUCGCCCAGUUUUGGAACGAUAUGUCGGCUUAAGAUCAUCAAAAUAAGCUCGUCGCUUCGUGAGUAUGGGACAGAGCCCGCAAAGCAGGGGCGCAUGGUAUUCACAUGUGCCGAGCCAUCUGAGAUGAUCUUUGAAGCUGAUGCGACCAGAUUCUUCUACACAGCUCAAAACUUUCGAUGUCUGUUGAGCCUUCAAGAAAAUCAUCAUAAAAACAUGCUAAUGGUAUCCUUAGCUGCUUACACUUACGUUGUGACUCAGUAUUCUAUGAGCCAGACAGGGUACAUACCGAAUGCUUCUUUUUUUAUCUUCAAUCAAUCAAACAGCAGGUUCUCCGUACCUUAUACAUUUGGACAUCGUCAAACUUGAAUCAAUCUCCCGCUCUAUUCACAAAUUGAUUUUGCGCAUAUAUCACAAGCUUUCUCUGUCAUGCAUUUGCGCU